AUGGACACCUCAAGCUCGCGGAGGUCCACCCUGACGGAGGAGACAAACAUGGACCAGCACAGCGAACACGCCCCGCUCGUACGCGCGCCCUCAAACUACGGAACCAUGGCCAGCACGUCCAAGAACGAUGCCGAAAUCGCACAUAUCAGCCCCGAACCUUCCGUAUCCGGCGCAACUACACCGCAGCCGAGCACAUCAUCAACGGUAGAUGACGGAACCCGGAGCACCCAUUCUGCAGGGCGGAGGAGAAAGAAUAGGCAGAGCAAACUCGCCAAGUCUGCGAAGAAAGUAUGGCGCCGCGUAGACCCGUCUUUGAUACUGGAGAAUACGGGAUCGGUGGCACGCGACCACCUUGCCUCAGAACGCACCUUUCUCGCAUACGUCCGUACGAGCUUGGCUUUCGCCAGCGCGGGUGUCGCUUUGGUUCAGCUCUUCAACCUCGCAAAUCAACUCAGCGACAACAAGCGGUUGAGUAGAUAUGCACAACCACUGGGCGCAACGAUGGUGAUCUUCGGAAUGUUCGUGCUCGUAGUCGGAACGACGAGAUACUUCACCAUUCAACAUGCCAUGACAGAGGGCAAGUUCCCCGCUGCACGGUUCACCGUCGUCGUCCAGGCACUUUUCCUUCUGAUACUGGUCGUAGUGACCUUCGGGUUCCUAAUAGCAGCGCGGUGA